AGGCGUCAUCCAGGGCGGGGCCUCCUGUUGUAAGUACGGCAAGCCGUCAUGGACUUGCGCAACGUCCGCGGUGGCGGCGACCGUCAAGGAGGAUCCGGGAAUGAACCACUUGAGGCGAUGUACGUGCCGGCCCUGAGCCGCGCGGGUAUAUAAGGAGGGCGGUCUGGGAGGGAGUAGCAGCAUAACGCAACCCAAGUUCACCCCACUAAACCAACCAACCCAACCAACUCACCUUCAUCAUGUCCAACGAGCCAUCGAAGACUUCGGGCCAGUACCACUCGACCAAGGGUAACGUCGUGGAGGCCAUCGGCAACGCCACCGGUCUCGAGUCCUGGCAGACGUCGGGCAAGCAAGAGCACGCCGAGGGCGAGGGCGAAUACAACGCCGCACGCGCAAAGGGCUACGCUGAGGGCACCGCCGACCGCAUCUCCGGCAAGAAGGACAACAUCGUCGGCGCCGUCACCGGCGACAGCUCCCAGCAGGCUGCCGGACAGGCUCGCCACGACAAGGGCGAGACCCAGCAGGAGAUCAACAAGCGCGCAUGAGCGUAGUAAACUCAACGCGCAUGAGCGUGGUAGCUUGAAUGCGCUCGAGAAUCUGCACGCGAUCCAUGGCACGCUGAAUCCAAUUGCAUGUACCCUAUGUAUACUGUACGCACGGGUUAAUAGUGUACUAUAGUCGAAAGGAAAGACAUGGCGUACCAGCAUAAUCUAUGUGUGAACCUAUAAGUGUGUCUCUUACCUACGAUAGUGUCUCUUUUACACCCGAAUGUCCUCAGUCAAGCCUCUUCUCCUUCAACCACGCCUUGAGAUCGCUCGUUGCGCGCUAUCACCUCUGAUCAGCAACCCAUCCCUCGCACCCAUCCUGCACACGCACCUCCAAGAACAGCGUAUUCGCCCGGAUAGCAUCGAGCGUCUGCUCUGCGACCAUCCUGUACACCGACGUGUCGCGCUC